UGGUGCUGAAGGACCCCACCGAGGAGAGCUGCGUGGAGUUCAGCUACCCCGAGCUGCUGCUGCUGUGCGGGGAGCCGCGGGAUGAAUUAUUUCCCACUCUCUUCUCUCAGAAGAAACCUAUCCACUCAGAAGAUCCAUUUAAUGAUGAACUCCGUGAGCGGUAUGAAGUAGAAAUGCUGGCCAAGAAAUGUGAGGCAAAAUAUGGUGGAAAGUCUCACAAACAUCGAAAAGAUCGUUUGCAAGAUCUGAUUGAUAUAGGUUAUGGCUAUGAUGAAACAGACCCUUUCAUCGAUAACUCUGAAGCUUAUGAUGAAUUGGUUCCUGCAUCUCUGACAACCAAAUAUGGAGGAUUUUACAUAAACACGGGAACAUUGCAAUUUCGCCAAGCAUCUGAUUCAGAAAAUGAAGACUUUGCAGAGGACAAAAAACAUAGGCCACCUAAAGAAACGAAACUAAAAGGAGGAGAGGAUCGUGGAAUUAAGAAGCGCAAGCGGAAAGAGGAUGGGACAGAGAAGGAGAAAAAGCCUCGGAAAAUGAAAGUUCCUAAGCAGCUGGGAGUAAUGGCUUUAAAUUCACACAAAUCUGAAAAGAAGAAGAAGAAAUUAUACAAGGACUCACUCUCUCUGGCAGCCAUGAUCCGGAAGUUCCAAAAGGAGAAGGAAACACUGAGGAAGAAAGAAUCCAAUCCAGAACCCCCAAUGACUAUUGCCACCUCCACCCCUAGUAAAAUCCCUUCCUCCUCUGCUACCACAGGAAAUGAUGUUUCUGACUUAAACCUCAGGGUGACCGAUCCUGUCCUCCCCAUUUUUGGUAGCACAAAUGAGCAUGAGUUCCUGCAGGAAACCGAAAGUGCCCUGGAGUUUUUGGGAGAUAUUGACUUUGACAAGCUGCUUGAUGGCACCUCUAAUGGCAGCCCAGGGUCUGAGCCAUCGGGAGAGAAUGGAAGUGCCACUCAGCCAACCAACACUUCUCAGGUCACGACACCAAAGCAGGUGCCUGCACUCCCAGAAGGUCUGCCUGUACUUCUUGAAAAGCGUGUUGGAGACCUACGAAUAGCUGCCAAGCUGUUUGAUGAAGAAGGUAGGAAGAAAUUCUUCACACAGGAUAUGAACAAUAUUCUGCUGGAUAUUGAGCUGCAGUUACAGGAGAUAAGUCCUGUCAUCCGCCACAGCGUGUACUCUCAUCUUGAGGCUUUUGUGCCAUGCAAUAAAGACACACUGAUAAAGCGUCUGAAGAAAUUACACCUCAAUGUUCAGGAUGACCGUUUGCGGGAACCGCUGCAAAAGCUGAGACUGGCUGUCAGUAACGUCAUGCCUGAACAAUUAUUCAAGUAUCAGGAAGACUGUCAGGCUCGCAACCAAGCUAAGAAUGCAAAAUUGCAAGCAGAAGAUGAACGAGAAAAAAAUGGGUCUGAGGAAGAUGAUGAUGAGAAGCCAGGCAAGAGGAUUGUUGGGCCAAGAAAGAAAUUCCGCUGGGAUGAUACAGUGAGGGCUUUGCUGUGUAACCUUGUCAAGAUAAAGCUGGGAUGCUAUGACCUAGAGCCAAAUAGAAGUCAGUCUCCAGAGGAUUAUCUCAAGACCUUUAUGGAGACGGAGGUGAAACCACUCUGGCCUAAAGGCUGGAUGCAGGCUAGGAUGCUCUUUAAAGAAAGUCGAAGUGUUCACAAUCAUCUCACUUCUGCUCCGGCAAAGAAGAAGGUGAUUCUAGCACCUAAGCCCAAAGUAAAGGACUCCAGUCCAAAGAAAGAGCAGAAACCCUGUACUACUUUGGUGACUUCAGCUUGUGUUACUACACUGAGUUCCAGCACACCUAUAAGUACACUCGCUAGCUCUAUCAGUACGCCAGCUCCAGAGACCAUCUGUCUGGAUGACUCACUGGAUGAAGACCUCUCUUUUCACCCACCCUCUUUGGAUUCUAUAUCUGAUGCUUUGGCAGUUAUCAACAAUGGAGCCAAGAUCUCUCCAGUGGUGUCCACUAUAGACCCACCAGCCUCAAGACCUCGCCCUGGGCUAAGAGAAGAGAAGCUAGCAAGUAUCAUGAGUAAGUUGCCUCUAGCAACUUCAAAGAAGGUAGAACCAGCCCAAACUCAACAUUCAUCAAGUCUUAUUGCUGGUCACACAGGACCAGUACCAAAGAAACCCCAGGACUUGGUUCACACAGGCAUCUCUUCUGGCCUUAUUGCUGGUUCUUCAAUUCAAAAUCCCAAGGUUUCCUUAGAACCUUUGCCAGCCAAGCUACUUCAGCAAGGACUACAGAGGUCAAGCCAGAUCCAAGCUGCUUCCUCUACGCAGACCCAUAUUUCUUCCUCCUCCAAGGGCCAAGCAGCUACUUCGUCCUCCUCUCAGAGGUGCAAGGAUGCUCCUCUCCUGGUAUCAUCUUCAGAAGGCCAAGGUGGUUCUUCAACAUUACAAGUGGGAAAGGUGCACCAGCAUUCAGCUGUCCAACAGAAAUACGUGUCUCCUCUACAAGCAACUAUUAGUAAGUCACAGACCAAUCCAGUGGUGAAACUGAGUAGUAAUCCCAAGCUCUCCUGUUCAUCUCCAGUCAUCAAGAGUCCAGAUAAAACAGUAGUGUAUCGCCUUCCUUUGUCUAACCCAUCAUCUGGAAGUGGUUCUCAAGUAUCCCACCCACUAGUUUCUCGGACAGCAUCCAGCUCCUCUACCUCUAGUAACUGUUUUGCAAAGGCUAUGGUGUCACAGGUUUCUUCCCACGGUUUCAAGCCUCCCUUUUCCAUGGCUGCCUCCCCUAAACCUGCUGCCUCUCCCAAGCCCACUGCAUCCAAACCCUCUGUGACACCCAAGCCCACAGCAUCACAUAAAUUUCCAUCUAAAUCAACCUCAUCCUCCAGGCCCACAACAUCACCCACUUCUUCCAGUUCAAGUGCAUUAGCCCCCCAGAGUAGUCACUCCAGCAACAACCCCCUUCAUAAACAGCCCAGUGGAGUUAAUAUCAGCAGGCAGUCUCCCACAAUGAAUUUGCUGCCCUCUAGUCGCACUGCAGGCCUUCAGUCUGCAAAGAACACUCAGGCUUCUUCAAAGUUGUCCAACUCUUCUUCCUCUGGGACUAUUGGCAAAAAUAACUUGAGUGGAGUUGGAAUGAAUGUACCUGCCAGCAGGGGCAGUAACCCUAAUUCAAGUGGAGCAAGUAGGACUAGUCUCUCUGGGGGAACAGGAAGUGGAACACAGGGUGCUACUAAACAGUUGUCAACUCCACACAGACCGUCUUCUGCCUCAGGGUCUCCAGUUGUAGCAGCCAGCGUGCAGUCAACAGGAGGAGCAUCAUUACUGGCAAAUGCCUCACCUCUGACUCUUAUGACAUCACCGCUGUCUGUAACCAAUCAGAAUGUGACGUCUGCACCCUUGACUCCUUUUGGGAUGCUGGGUGGCCUUGUUCCUGUGACCGUGCCCUUCCAAUUUCCCUUGGAGCUGCUUGGCUUUGGAACGGACACAGCUGGAGUAACAACCACCUCGGGAUCUACCUCAGCGGUUUUCCACCACAGCCUAACUCAGAAUUUGCUGAAGGGUUUACAGCCAGGUGCUCAGCAUGCAGCAACGCUAUCUCAUUCACCUCUGCCUGCUCACUUGCAGCAAGCUUACACAGAUGGAGGCCAAAGUAAAGGGGACACUAAGUUACAGCGGAAAACCCAGUGAUUUCUGGAUGAGCAAGGGAGCAUGAAGCAGUUCUGAUUGGCUGAUGGAAUCUGCCCAGUUGGGAAAAUGCUUACAUGGUCACAGGGCUGCUGUUUCUGUCAAUGUUUACAUACUCUGAUCCCAAGCACUGUGGUGAGAGGAAAGAAGAAAAAGAAAAUACUUGAUCAAAUUGAGGAGGAAAAGGAGGAAAUGCUUUCAUGUAGAUUGGUCAUAGUUUGAGCUUACCUAAAGAAACUCAGCCUUUCAAAAUCCAUUCUGACUGGCAAGUUUCAGUUGUCAAACCCACAGUGGCACAUCAUUAUGCAUUACCCAGAACAUUUAUUAAGGCUGAAGCAUGAAGGAAGAUGGAGAAAUU